GUUGUUUUGUGGAUCUGGUUUACUGGGAAACAAUCAAACAGUUCGCAGACAGAAAUGUCCACGCUGGUGAAAACAGAUGAAAGCCUUCGGUGAUGAUCCCUUUAAGUGGUUGUACUACUACCAGCUAGAAAUAGCAACCGAAUCUCCAACAAAUUAUAACCUGCAGUCUCAAAAAAGAAAAAGAAAACAAAAAAAAAAGAAACAAAGAAAAAGGAAGCAAAGUAUACGUCAUGUAAUGUAGCCCUAGAAAUUCAUCGUGUUUGAAAAGUAGACAGGGAGGCCAUGGCUGGACCAGAUCUGCUUGAUCAGGGCUGAGCUGCCUAUACAACAACUUAUCUAUUAAUGCUCAAUGUUUUGAAGAAACAAUUUCAAGAAUAUAAUGUUGUUUUACUCCAAGUUUACAACAGCAUGAAUGAGAAACCUGGAAACAACAUCCAGUUGUUACUGAGAGAACAAUUGAGUGGCUGCAGCCAACAGAGGCUACGGGCAUUGCAAGUUAGCUUACGUCGCUAUGGAAAUGAUGAAUUGCGAAUAUCACCAAAAGACUUACAUUCGGCUAUGCAGGAUAAUGAUAUAUACCUAACAGACAGAGCCAUGACUGAAAUAUGUAUGUUUUACCAGGAUUCUUUGGGAAUAAAUUACCAAGGUGUUUAUGACUGUUUGAUGGAGACACACUCUACCUCUGGACGCGACAGUGUUCUUGCAAUGGCACACAAGAAGAAAGGUCCAACAAUACCACUAGAAAAAAAGGUAGCUGACAUCACUGAAAGACUCCAGAAAUCUGUAACGAAUGUCGAAACAUCAGACGUGUCGAAUAUUGAAAAGUAUUUCUCAGAAAACGAUCAAUAUAACAGUCAAAUUUUACCUGAAACCUUGGUUUUAUCUUAUAUCAACAAACUUGAUCUACCAAUAUAUGGAGCACUUUUAAAGAAUCUUGCUUCGUACUUCCGUGAAGAAAAAGACAUUACAUUUGUGAGAUGGAAGCCCUUACUCAAUGUAUUAGAUAUAAUACUAAAGAAAGGAGACAUUUCAAAAGUGACAACAGCACUAACUUCAGCCAAAAGUUAUACUAAGAGUAACUACAAAUUUGUAAAGAAAUCUAGUGCCAGGUUCAAGCCUUCUCUUAUCAGUGAAAUUCAGAAGAGGAAUGUUUAUCAAAAGAAUGACACCAAAAUAUUAGCAAAUAAGUUGAAAGAAUCAGGACUUCAUAACGGAACCACUGUUGCUAAUAAAAUUGAGAAUAAACCUCAGCAAAAUGGCAAAGUGGAAUGUAAUGGUCAUAAAAAUAUUCAAAAGGUGAAUGAACAGCCAGAAGAAAAAUCAUUGCUCUCCCAUUUUAUUACUGAAUCUCCAGAUGAUAAAAGCAUCAAUGCAAAUACAAAUAUUAAAAAUAAUAAUAACAAUAAUAACAAUAAUAACAACAAUAACAACAACAACAAUAAUAUUGUAACAGGAGAUAAAAAUGAACUACCAAAUAUACGUUUUGGUUUAAGGCAACUGGCUCUUACGAUGACCCAAAGUAUUCCUGGAAACAGAUGUAAAAAAUCAUUUGUAACCCCCCAAGUGACAAAUAUACCAAAUGUCCCAGAGAGUUGAUGAAAUGUUUCAGUUGCAUUUUUUUCUUUAAUUUUAGUUAAAAAUUUAUCAUUGAUUUGAAGAGUAAUGGAAGAUGAACGGAAUUUUGUGGCUGAGGUACUACUCUCAUCAUUCAUCUUCUGUUUGUAAUCUUGCUUUAAAAAAAAAACUUGAAUCCUGUAGUAUUUAAACCAGCCAUAUCCAACACAAAUAUUCUACCUGCUUUAUGUUCAAACAGGCCAGAUCUGAUAUCUCAUACCUACCCUACAAUGUUAAUCAAAAGAUAAACAGUCGUUGAAAUGUCAAAGCUACAAAAUAAAGCAUGAUCAAUUCCAAACAAUGUGAAUAAAUAAACGCUAUAUUUGACAAAGUAA